AUGCACUCUGCAUCGAGCUGCAGGGGCGAGGGCAGCGGAACGGAAAGCGGCGGUUUUGAUUCGCUGUUCGCGCGCGCGAAGCAGGCACACGAUUUGGAGAUCAGGCGCCUCCAGGAUAAGGUGCGGAGCCUGCAGGAGAAGCUGGCCGCCCCGCGUGGGGAUGAGCAGACCUCUCGUGCAGACGCGCUCGCCGAGCGGGCAGACCCGCCCAAGGAAACCGCCCUCAACGGGCAAGAAGCGGAGAGGAUGUCGGGACUAUCUGCCAGUCCGCGCUUCUAUCCACCCAGCCUUCAGAUGUCCAAAAGGCAAGGCAUUCAACAGAAAAAGUCUGACUCGGCAGAAAGUGUCGCGCAUCGGAUCAUCGCACAUCCAGCGUUCGAAAUUGUCAUGGUUUGCGUGAUCGUCAUGAAUGCAGCCGCCAUGGCUGCCGAGGCGCAGUACAUAGGGUUUGAUUUGGCUGUCCAGACCGGUCAUGAGAGUGCAGAUGGUAUCUCAUCCGAUGUGUGGCCACAUGGCGAAGCGGUAUUCGACGUGUGUGAUUGGGUAUUCGGAGUAUUCUUCACGUUCGAGAUUGUCGUCAAGAUUUUAGUCCUCCGUUGUCAAUUCGUUCGGGACCGCUGGUGCUGGAUCGAUCUCGUCGUAGUCCUUGCCUGGGUGUUUGGUCGCUUCGACUUCAAAAUGAAUGUGAACGUGCAAAUGAUUCGCCUGAUUCGCAUGGUGAGGCUGCUGCGGCUGAUUCGGCUUCUGCGGCUUCUGGAUCGCUCAGGAUUUGACCCUCUCUACGUCAUAGGAACCUCGCUCAAAGGAAGCAUAUCGAUUCUGGCGUGGGCGUUCCUGCUAUUGUUCGUCGGCCAUGUGAUGUUGGCUCUUGUCAUCCAUCAGGUACUUCAUCUCUGGUACUUCGAGAAGGGGUCCGCCGACGAACAAGACGUGGUUUUCGAGUAUUUCGGGAACUUCUCCAGGUCACUCCUCACCAUGUUCGAAUUCACUCUCGCAAAUUGGACACCCCCGGCAAGGGUGUUGAUGAAUCAUGUGCAUGAGGCGCUUGUAGCGUACUCUAUCUGUCACAAGAUGAUACUCGGAUUCGCAGUUAUAGGGAUCGUGAACGGGGUAUUCAUUCAAGAGACAUUCAAGGUUGCCACGCUGGACGAUGCGAUAAUGGUGAGGCAGACGUAUCGCAAAGAGAGGGUCCACGCUAAGAAGAUGGAGCGUCUCUUCGCCGAGGCAGACAAAGAUGGUAGCGGCCAUGUCGAUCGCGAUGAAUGGAUGCAGAUCUGCACGGAUCCGUGGAUUCAGAUUUGGCUCAAGUCUCAGGAUAUCGAUGUGAGGCAUCUGGACAGAAUAUUCGAUACGUUGGCCGGCGGGGACGGGAAGAUCAGCGCGGAAGAGCUCAUCCAUGGCACUGCGCGGCUGAAGAGUCAAGCUUCGCCCAUGGCCAUUCUCAAGUUGUUGAAGGAAAUGGAUCGUACCUUGAAGCACAUUGAGGACACGGCUUGCGAGGCUCGUUGGGAGUCCAUGCCGCCAGUCGACUGUGCCCCCGACCCCUCGCUCCCUGUACGCCUCCUGGGUAGCGCCGCUCCUUUGCCCCAGCGACACUGA